CUAUUCGCCAUUCCCUCCCUUAGUGCUCGGGAGUGUGUCACCCUUUCUCACACUUCCAUUUCACUUUAAAGACGAAGACUGCUCAGUCAGUAGCAGAGCUCAAACACUCUUCUAUUUUCAAUCACAAUGCUUUCUCUCCUCUGUCUCCUCUCUCUCCUCUCCCUUGCAACCUCUUCUUCGACAAAUGAGCAGCCAAGAACCUUCAUUGUCCAAGUCCAACAUGACACCAAACCCUCUAUUUUCCCCACCCACCAGCACUGGUACAUCUCCUCUCUCUCCUCCAUCUCCCCCGGAACCACACCCCGUUUGCUCCACACUUACGACACCGUCUUUCAUGGCUUCUCUGCCAAACUUUCCCUUGCUGAAGCCCUCAAGCUCCAGACCCUCCCUCACAUCGUUGCUGUCAUCCCUGAACGCGUGCGUCACCUUCAUACCACGCGCUCCCCUCAAUUCCUCGGUUUGAAAACAUCCGACAGUGCUGGUCUGCUUAAAGAGUCGGAUUUCGGGUCCGAUCUUGUGAUCGGAGUCAUCGACACUGGUAUUUGGCCUGAACGACAGAGCUUCAAUGACCGUGAUUUGGGUCCUGUCCCGUCCAAAUGGAAAGGGGUUUGUGUUAGUGGCAAAGACUUCGCUUCAAGUUCUUGUAAUAGAAAGUUAAUAGGAGCUCGCUUUUUCUGCAACGGAUAUGAAGCAACGAACGGCAAAAUGAAUGAGACUACCGAGUAUCGGUCGCCACGUGACUCUGAUGGCCAUGGCACUCACACUGCUUCCAUUGCUGCCGGAAGAUAUGUGUUUCCGGCAUCUACAUUUGGCUAUGCACGCGGGGUUGCUGCUGGAAUGGCUCCAAAAGCUAGACUCGCUGCUUAUAAGGUUUGUUGGAAUGCCGGUUGUUAUGAUUCUGACAUUUUAGCUGCAUUUGAUGCUGCUGUUUCUGAUGGGGUUGAUGUUAUUUCGUUAAGUGUUGGAGGUGUUGUCGUGCCCUACUAUUUAGAUGCUAUUGCAAUUGGGUCUUUUGGUGCUGUGGAUUGUGGGGUUUUUGUAUCUGCUAGUGCUGGUAAUGGUGGACCUGGAGGUUUAACUGUUACUAAUGUUGCUCCAUGGGUAACUACUGUUGGUGCUGGAACAAUUGAUAGGGAUUUUCCAGCUGAUGUUAAGCUUGGAAAUGGGAAGGUGAUUUCUGGUGUCAGUCUUUAUGGUGGGCCAGGUUUGGCUUCAGGGAAGAUGUAUCCAGUGGUUUAUGCUGGGAGUGGUGAUGGUGGAGAUGGUUAUUCUGGUUCAUUGUGUGUAGAGGGUUCUUUAGAUCCUAAGUUUGUUGAAGGGAAAAUUGUAUUGUGUGAUAGAGGGAUUAAUUCUAGGGCUGCUAAAGGUGAGGUUGUGAAGAUGGCUGGAGGGGUUGGGAUGAUUUUGGCUAAUGGGGUUUUUGAUGGUGAGGGUUUAGUUGCUGAUUGUCAUGUGUUGCCUGCUACUGCUGUUGGUGCUUCUGGUGGCGAAGAAAUUAGGAAGUACUUGUCUGCGGCUGCUAAAUCGAAGUCAUCACCUCCUACUGCUACUAUUGUUUUUAAAGGGACCAGAGUUAAUGUUAGGCCUGCACCAGUGGUGUCUUCGUUUUCAGCUAGAGGGCCAAAUCCUGAGUCCCCUGAAAUUUUGAAGCCUGAUGUUAUUGCUCCUGGUUUGAACAUCCUUGCUGCUUGGCCUGAUAAAAUUGGACCCUCUGGGAUUCCAUCUGAUAAGCGAAAAAUUGAGUUUAAUAUUCUUUCAGGUACAUCAAUGGCUUGUCCACAUGUUUCCGGGUUAGCUGCUUUGUUAAAGGCAGCUCACCCUGAAUGGAGUCCGGCAGCAAUAAGAUCGGCCUUGAUGACAACUGCUUAUACAGUUGAUAAUCGAGGCGGAACAAUGCUUGAUGAGUCUACUGGAAAUGUUUCUACCGUGUUAGAUUUCGGUGCUGGCCAUGUUCACCCACAAAAGGCCAUGGAUCCUGGGUUGAUCUAUGAUAUUACAUCUUUUGAUUUUAUAGAUUUUCUCUGCAAUUCAAAUUAUACACUUAACAACAUUCAAGUGGUCACUAGGAGGAAUGCAGAUUGCAGUGGAGCUAAAAGGGCAGGCCAUGCAGGGAACUUGAAUUACCCUUCAUUAUCUGUUGUGUUCCAACAGUAUGGCAAGCAUCAGAUGUCUACACAUUUUAUUAGGACAGUGACAAAUGUCGGGGAUGCAAAAUCCGUGUACAAAGUUACAAUUAGGCCACCUGGUGAGACUAUGGUCACGGUUCAGCCAGAGAAACUUGUGUUCAGGAGGGUGGGGCAGAAAUUGAACUUCCUUGUCAGAGUGCAAACUACAGCAGUGAAGCUGGCACCCGGGGCCUCUAGCAUGAGGAGUGGUUCCAUAGUUUGGUCUGAUGGAAAGCACACUGUGACUAGUCCCAUUGUUGUGACUAUGCAGCAACCUCUUUAAUUAGUUUGGUCUUUAAGGGGAUUUAGGAAGUUUUCUCUAUUUUCACUCUUUUUAGGUUUCUCUGUCAUACUUUAUCUGUAUCUCUGUAAAAUGAAAAUGCGUGGGGGUUUUCUAUAUCAGGAAGCGAGUGGAGUUGGGGUUUGUAUGCCGAGUGAAGUCAUGAUUUGCUUGAGAUAAGAGGUGAGGAUUGGAUUCGAAGGUGUAAUCUUUGUAGUCAAAUAGCAGAAUCAAGAAUGUAUGUAGAAAAUGCUUUGUGUAUGGAAUAUGAAGCCAAAACAUAAUGAAAAGAUCUCUCUUUUCUUUUUGGAAA